CGCCAAUCCUUAGCGUACACACCUUGUUACGUGGUACAGCAUAUAAAAAACGAAAGUUAAAAAGAACUACUCUCGUGUCAAAUAUUUCAGAGGAAAAAAACGUGGACAUUAAAGAUGAUUUAUCCACCUCUGAAAAAAUUACACUCAUGGGAGUAGGAGGAGGAUGUGGCAUAAGCAAGAAGGGUGCACACACUGCAUUGGGACAGUGCCACCUUUUAACUUCAAGUUUUGGACAAGGCUGCCUGUUUUAUAGCCGGCUAAAAUGAAUCUGAAGUUCAUGCUGAAGGCCACAAUACUACCGGAAAUGCCAAGCGUCUAAUGCAGAAUGGUGUUACGAAAUAAUCAACUCACUGUCUUUUAUAUCCUGACCAUCCUGAUGUGUGUCUUCAGAGCCAAUACACUCAAAUGUCAUCAAACUCAGUAUCAACGAGAUGAGAACCAAUGUUGUUCAAAGUGCCCAAUUGGAGUGGCCGUCCACCAAAGAUGGAGGAAGAGUUCAGCACAGAAUACUCAAAGAGGAACUCACGUUCGGAAUGACUGUACGAAACUUGGCAGCACUUCGUGCCGGGUGUGUGUGAAGGAUACCUACAUGAAUAUCCCGACUGGACUAAAACAUUGCUUUCCAUGCACAAACUGCAACGCAGGAUCUGGUCUACAAGUAAAGCGGGAGUGUACUACGAUGUCAGAUGCUGUGUGUAAACCACUUGAGGGAUUCUUCUGUGUGGACCCGGUUGCCGAUAGCUGUCUUCGCGCAAGGAAACAUAAACGCUGUCAACCAGGACAAUACAUCAGCCAAAAAGGAACCCCAUCUAAUGACACUAUAUGCUUCGACUGCGCAGAUGAAACCUUUUCAACUGGGAACUUUACAGUUUGUCAGCCACACAAAAAAUGUGAGUCUGAAUACUUACUGAUAAAUCCUGGAACUAGGUCAACUGAUGCUGAAUGUGGACGAAGACGUUAUGUAUUGUUUAUUGUCAUCCUAUUUGUGUUGAUUUUAUGUAUUUCAGUCUUAGUUUGGCGUAUCAAACGAAGCAAUCGGCAGGAAAUUUGAAAGCAUGAUGCGGUACGAGUAAUGUGGUUUUGAGUUUUCAAUUCCUAUUUUUUUAAUUUAUUUUUCUUACUAAAAGAAACUUGAUUUGCAACAUCCAUCUGGGGUUCCGUUUAUCCGCACGAGGGGGCAGUAGCAGAGGUGGGUAGAAUAGCCAAAAAGUUAACUCAAGUAAGAAUAGCAUGACUUCAAAAUAAUAAUACUCAAGUAAAAGUAGUCGUCCAAAAAUGUACUCAAGCACAGGUUAAAAAGUAGUUGGUGAAAAGAAUACUCAAGUAGUGAGUAACACUGUGAGUAACUGCUUAUAUUUUUGUUGGAUCUUUUUUUUUUAAAUAAUGGUAUUUAGCACAAACUUAUCCAUAUGAACUGUUGUUAUCUAUAUGAACUGUUAUUAUAAUGUCCCUUUAGGGGCACUGUUUUUUUAACGUGAACUUUUUUUUCCCUAUGUUUUUUUUUCUUCCACGUCACCUUAGGGGUGAUAAUGAUACUGUACAAUAACCCAUUACAUAACCACAUUAAGCCAACGAUGCUUUAAAGGGUAUGAAAACGCAAAGGGGGUGUGAGACAUCAAUAGAACUGUUAUGUGCCAAGAUAACAAAUAUUGAUAAAGUUAAAAUAAAAAUCAAUCACAUUAAUAAGAAAUUAUCGAAAAUAGAUAGAAAAUGACGAACAUUUCCGAAAGUGUUCCGGAAACAGCCGAAUGGGGCGGAGACGUCAUAACAAGGAAACAAAAGGUCGAGGCAGGUGCCAUCGUUGUUUAUCGACGAGAGAGUUGCGUUCGUGUUUUAUCAAAAAAAUCGCUAAAAUGGUUCAAACCUGUCAUGCUAUGUGGUUUACAAAUAGCCAUUUGUCGCAAUGUAGUACCCAUGAGUUCCCGAACGCGAGAAAAAGCUGGACUACGCAGACAAUGAGUAAAGUAUCAUCAGUGCUAAGAGGGCUAAUUUUGCAAUUUUACAGGGAAACGGGAACCUGACGAGCCAGAGGAUGUGCCUACAACCUCAAAGAAAACAAAAAUUUAUGCUACUUCCCAAUCACUAAAGACCCACGAACUGCGAAGGAGUGAAUUCGUGACCCGUAUGUGAAUAAAUCGAGUGAUUCGAGCAUGUCUGUGGAACAGGAAUAUCAGCUUGUAGAGAUCGCAAAUCACGGCGACUUAAACGUACAUUUGAGACAACAACUCUCCCGAAGUUCUGGAUUAAAGUCAUUUCGGAAUAUCCCGACAUCGCUUGGAGCGCGCUGAAAACUGCUACAAUUUCCAACAUCGCUAGCUUGAUGCUAGCUUCUCUCAUUCUCCCAUCUCGUCUCAACGAAACCAACUCAGCCCUCCCACUGAUUCAGCGGGUGAGUUGUAUUUUUUCCCUGCACUUAACUCGACGGGGCUAAAAACAAAUGCUAUUUUAUAUUUGCUGUAUUUUUCUGCCGCACAUUGCCGGUGUUCUGACAAAGUUGGCAUGCGCGUAACAUUAAAAAGGACCGCGAAUGCAGCGAUUCCUAAGUACACACUACAAACUUUGUUUAAAGAAAGGAAUAUUAACUUACGUUUGCCAUGUUUGGCGCACACAACAACUGCACGUAGCCCUCUCACUUAACGACUUCGCUGUGUCGUUAAGCGUUAAUUUACGCCAUUUCCGUGUUGCACAUGUAUGUUUGUGAUGUAAAUAGUUUUUUAGCACCAUUGGAUAACAUUGAGAGUCCAACUGAAUAUAAAAGAGGGACACCGGUCCGUGAAAAAAAGACCCAAAUCACAUCGCUCUGGGGUGCAAAAAAGGUUGGGGACCCCUGCUCUAAUCCCAUAUAUAUUUCUGUCGGUUGGCAGAGCGAAACCGAUGAUAGCAUAUUAAAUGAUAAUUAUUCUAUACAUUACUUUAUUUUGCGGUCACGGUGUAUCAGCUUCACAAAAAGAAAUGCAAAACAUACCAUUUGGUGUUUCCCACACGAACUGUUGUCGGGGUUUCAUCAGUGUGAUUGCUCCCCUCAAUGAUCCUUUCAUUAGGCUGCAUUGGCUUUCGUUUGGGCUCAAAUUGAGAACCCAAAACACCAAAGAAAGGUUCAUAACUCUCCUCGUCACCAUUAGAAGAAUGUUCGUUACGUCGGAUUCGUCGCUGCAACUAGAAACGUAAUUGUCCGCCAUCAUCGCCGCCAUUCAGUACUAAAACACUGAGCCGGUUGUUUCCUUGUUUUGAUGUCACCCACACAAUCUGCCAGAUUUCCGGAAUCCUGGGGGCGGGUCUUUUUAGCUUGAAAUUGACCCAAAUUUCUCUCAUUUUCUUGGUGUUGCGAUGUGUGUAAUUACACGAAGUGACAUGAUAUGAAUCCAAAAGGCAUUCGUUUAUGGAUAAAUGAUGGAAUAUUAGCAUUUCCCCAGGUGUUGACAUACACUUUAAAGGCACCACAUGAUUGAACAGGAUGGCGUGAAGAUAGAACAGCAAGCUUGCGUCUGAUUGGUAUAAUGGGGUCAUGUGAUUAUUGUUGCGACGUCUUAUUGUUGAAAUUGGUAGAGCUACUUUUGGCAUCACUGGUAAAAUAAAUGAAUAAAUCUAAUAUGUAGCAUAGAGGAAAAAUGUAACGACUCUUAUGUAGCCCAAAGUAGCGGAGUAAGAGGAGCGUUUUUUUUUCUUCACAAAUCUACUCAACCAAAAGUAAAAAGUAUAGCUUAGUAAAAUUACUCUUAGAAGUACAUUUUUUUCCCCAAAAAGUUAAUCAAGUAAAUGUAACAGUGUACAUGUAAUGUGUGACGACCCACCUCUGGGCUGGAGCCUAUCCCAACUAACGACGGGCAGUAGGCAGCCUGACUUGGUUCCCAGCCAAUCGCAGAGCAAAAGAGAUAAAAACCACUCAUGGGUACACAAACUAUACCAAUGGACAAUUUGGUGUAUUCAAGCAGCCUACCAUGCAUUUUCUUGGGAUGUUGAAAGGGUAUUAAAACACUAAGGGGCUGUGAGAUAUCAAUAGAACUGUUAUGUGGCAAGAUAACAAAUAUUAAUAAAGUUAACAAAAAAAUAAAUCACAUUCAUGAGCAAUUAUCGAAAAUAGAUCGAAAAUUACGAGCAUUUCCGAAAGUAUUCCGGAAACAGCCGAAUGGGGCGGAGACGUCAUAACAAGGAAAAAUCGCUAAAAUUGUUCAAACCUGUCAUUCUAUGUGGUGUACAAAUAGCCAUUUGUCGCAAUGUAGUACCCAUGAGUUCCCGAACGUGAGAAAAAGAGCUGGACUACGCAGACAAUGAGUAAAGUUCGUCAGUGCUAAGAGGGCUAAUUUUGUAGACCCAGCCUCCGUCACUGUUUUGUGUGGUGUGCAUUUUACACCUGAAAGCUAUACGAACUAUGGACAAAUGAAAUCAGGUUUUGCUAAGAAAUUGUUGCUGAAAGCAGAUGCGGUGCCCACCUACACGCGCAUCCACCUAAAUGUCCCGAGAUAUCAAGAAAGAGGACAAUGACUGGCUCUGAUGAGACCACCCCACCACCCCAGGCAAAAGCAAAGGAGGGAAAUGGCCAGAGUGAGUACUCUUUUAUAAUAAAAAAAAUCACGCAUUGGAUAUAGGACUGGACACAUGUAUAAAUUAUCGCUCGUAAAAUAUAUAGAGCAAAUCCUCUAAUCCCAUUCAUAUUUGUGUCGGUUGGCAGAGCGAAAACCGAUGUUAGCACAAUAAAUGAUCAUUAUUCUAUACAUUAUUUUGCUGUCACGGUGUAUCAGCUUCACAAAAAGAAAUGCAAAACAUACCAUUCGGUGUUUCCCACACGAUCUGUUGUUGCCGGUGUUUAAUCAUUGUGAUUGCUCCCCUCAAUGAUCCUUUCAUUAGGCUGCAUUGGCUUUCGUUUGGGUUUAAAUUGAUAACCCAAAACACCAAAGAAAGGUUCAUAACUCUUCUCGUCACCAUUAGAAGAAUGUUCAUUACGUCGGAUUCGUCGCUGCAACUAGAAACAAAAUUGUCCGCCAUCAUCGCCGCCAUUCAGUACCAAGCACUGAGCCGGUUGUUUCCUUGUUGUGGCGUCAUGCACACAAUAUGCUAGAUUUCUGGGAUCUCGGGGGCGGGUUGUUUUAGCUUGACAGUCGAUCCAAAUCUCUAUCAUUUUUUUGGUGUUGCGAUGUGUGUAAUUACACGAAGUGGCAUGAUAUGAAUCCAAAAGGCCUGAAUUUAUCGAUAAAUGAUGGAAUAUUAGCAUUUCCCCUGGUGUUGUCAUACCCUUGAAGGAAACCAGAGUACUCCAAACAGGAAGGCUGGAGCCUAGGAUGAACCAUUGAUCUCAGAACUAUGAAGCAGAUGUGUUAACUACUCAACCUCGACUUCCCACAUCCACUUUAUAUUUUUAACGAGUGUUUCAGACAUUAUUCAAAGUGACCCGAUAUGUAAAAAAAAAAAAAGGGUAAUUCUCAGUGGCGUCGUUAGGCCUUUUUUUAGUAGUUUAGUUGGGUAUUUAAAAUAUUCACAAGCCCCCCCUAAAUAUUUUAGUGUGUUUUAUAAUAUAUAUAUUUUCUAAAUUCUAACCUACAGUCCCUGACAAAAGUCUUGUCGCUUAUCCAUUUUGUAGAAACAAGUGCUAAUAACCUGACUUUUAAUUAUUCAAUUGGUUUCAGAAUUGGCUCAUAUGAAAGCUAAGACCCUCCCAAAUGAUGUUGAAUGUACAAAAAUAUAUUUGUUUCACUGAAAAGAGCUUUAAUCAUUUAAUGAAGACAUAAAGGUCAAAAUUUGGCAAGACAAAAAUUUGACCUUUUGACCUUUUUAUGGUUAGGAAUGCAAGAGGCAGCUAAGAUUUGUUGAUAUUUCAGACUAUUUAUCUCUCAAGUAGGCAUGUGCCGGUUACCGGUUUCACGGUUUGGUGUGAAAACGUCGCGGUUUCAAAACCACUAAAAUUUUCCGUCAGACCGUAGUACGGUAUUCGCUAUUUUUCUUGUGUCAAAAAUGCAGCCAGAAGCGGCUUGGCACAGCAGCGCUCACCCCCUCCCGUUUGUUGCUGUGUGUGAAAGUGACGCUAUCGGCUAGCCAGCCAGCUAACCCAAAAACAAAUUCUCCAAACAUAAGGCGUACUGUUCUUCAAUUUAUUGAGCUCUCAAAUCGUGGUAAGUGUAAUGAAUACAUUUAAAAUGUUGUACAAUUAGAUUUUUCCAUGUGAUUAGCUUCAACAGAUUAGCACCAUGGAAAAAGUUCGCCAAAAACAAAACACACAUUUUCCUUACAAAUUCAAUAUACAAACUAACUAAAAGCUUACAAAGAUGAUUGUUAGCCUAGGCUUACCUGGGAGAGCAACUUCGUUGAGUGUGACAGCCGCUGAGUGAGAAAACAAGCUUGAUUCGCUUGAAUGAAGGGGAAAAAGUGAUAGCGUCAAAGAUCGCUAAUUGCGAAAGAUAAUCUUGCCCUAAGCACAAAUCCACGUUCGCUGGGUCAAGGAGAGGUCUCACUCCCAAUGUUUUUAUUUUAUUUAUUUUAUUUUAUUUUUUAGACGAAACCUUUCCACAACAAUAUUGACAUUUUAACUAACUUAUACAUUUUUAACUAACUUAUGAAUUAUUUGUUCUUUUUAACACAAAGGCAUGACAUCAUUUAGACUAGAGUUGACAGAGUGGCUGAAAAUGGCGAAACUUCACUUAAGCUUUUCCACCCUCAAAAAAAAAAAAAAGUCAUGCAGUAUACAUUUUUAAAAAAAAUUAUUCAGAAGUGUUUUUACUUUUUUAUAGAAAUUAUUUUGUUCUUGCUCUAAUCUUGAGCAACUUGAGCUGUGGCUGUGACUAUAGUCUAUAAGUUAUAUUUAGUUUAAUUUUAUUUAAAAUAUUUUUUUAAUUGAUAAUUUAUUUAUUUUAACAAUAUAUUCAUGUUGCAAUUUGCAACUAUGGUCUGAAAAAAAAAAUCCUGUUCAAUGGAAAGAAGUUUUUUGGAGCUAUAAUUGCAAUACCGUGAUACCGUGAAACCGCGGUAUUUUUGCUCACGGUUAUCGUACCGUCAAAAUAUCAUACACAUGCCUACUCUCAAGGUGCAGACAAUUAAAAAGAACGUGUGGCAUUUGCCAAGGCCCACAGCCUGUCAAAAGGAUGGAUGCUGGAAAAGUGGCAAAAGGUGGAUUUUUCAGAUGAAUCUUCCAUUGAAUUACACCACAGUCGCCACAAAUAUUGCAGGAGACCUACUGGAGCCCGCAUGGAUCUGAGAUUCACUCAGAAAACAGUUGGUGUUAUAUCAACAAAUCUUAGCUGCCUCUUACAUCCCUAACCAUAAAAAGGGACAGAUUCUGCAGCAGGAUGGUGCGCCAUCGCAUACUUCAAUCUCUACCUCAAAGUUCCUCAAGGCAAAGAAUAUCAAGAUCGUCCAGGACUGGCCAGCCCAGUCACCACACAUGAACAUCAUUGAGCAUGUCUGGGGUAGGAUGAAAGAGGAAGCAUGGAAGACAAAAUCCAAGAAUGUUGAUGAACUCUGGGAGGCAUGCAGACUGCUUUCUUUGAUGUUCCUGAUGACUUGAUCAAUAAAUUGUACGAAUCCUUGACGAAGCCCAUGGAAGUCAUACAAAAUAUUAAAUUUAGAUCUCACAGCGCCACUACUUAAUUCGCCUAUUUUAUGUAACAUGUUUUUGUAUUUGAAGUACAUUUUUUGUUCAAUUUUCACACUACUUCUGUAGGCGACAAAACUUUUGUCUUGCCAAAAUUUGACCUUGAUGCCUUCAUUAAAUGAUAAAUCUUUUUUC